GUGGUGGUGGUGGUGGUAGUAGUAGUGGAGGUGGAGCUGCUCUCUCUCUCUCUGUGUUUCUCUGUUUCUCUUUUGUUUGUAGCUCUUUCCUCUUUGUUUUACUGCAGAAUCAGAAGCGCGUGCUGCGUGUUUUUAAGUCUGGUUUGUUUAGCUGCUUUAAAACAUGCAGUACAUGAAGAAAUACUUCACAGAAGGUCUGAUCCAGUUCACCAUUCUGCUCAGUUUGAUCGGAGUUCGCGUGGAUGUUGAUUCCUACUUGAGCGGCUACUUCUCGCCGUUAAUAAUUGAGACUGACGGCGGGCCGAGCUCCGCGUUCAUUCAGACCCCCUUCCACAGCUACCGGGACACGGCCGCGGGCUACCAGGUCCACCCCAAGUGCCCGGAGUUCGAGUACCGGCGGCUGCUGGAUGAAGUCCGGGCUCUGGGCUCUCCGGCCCGCUUCCCCACCCGCCUCAACGCGUGGCUGGUGCACCUGGUGCCCGGCGGAUUAGAGCAGCAGCAGCCCGGCGAGCAAACCGGCGAGGAUCCGGGCGGAGUUGGAGGAGAACUCGGGGGCGAGAACCUUGGAAAUGAAGCUGAGGAAGAUGAAAAUGAUUAUGAGGACAAAAACACUGAGACGUGUUUAAGCCAGGCAGAGGAAGAUGUGAAAGAUGAGGAGGAGGAGAUCAGCCUUGAUCCUGUGAACCAUCUGACCCAGAGCUCAGCACUGGAGCAGGAGGGUUUGUUAAGUAGCAGUGUUCUGCCUCCUCCUCCUCCUCCUCUCUCUGGGCUUGAGUUCAAUUCUCGCUGGCAGGACUUCCUGUCAGAUUUUGAUGAUUUUGACUCGUUGGUCCCUCAGCACAUGUCCGAUCUGGACGUGGACGUGGAUCUCGCGAAUCCCGUCAGCUACAACGCCAGCCUCCGAGAUGCCAUGGUGUCGGGUGGUGGAGGAGAUUACAGACCAGAUCCUCCUACCAGUGGAUCCCAAGCCACGCCCCACCGGCGGGCGUCGCUCUUCCGCCUGGAGUCGACUAACUCCUCCCACUCGGGCACAGCGCCGGGCGCGGGCGAGGCCCUGCCGCUGCCUCUGUUCUCCUUAUCCGCCAACAGCUCCCACAACGAGACGAGUCACAGCAGGGUGGGGGGGUACCUGGACGAGGCUGUGUUUGAUCAGAUUAAUCUGCUGGGUCUGGAGGGGCUGGGGAGCAUCGAUCCUCAGCUGCUGAACAGGGUGGAGACCAGCGAGGACUCCCCCUGGCUGGAGGAGCUGGACCUGGACUCGGAUUCGGGUCUGUCUCUGGAGAGCAGCUCCAGGAGUCCGGCCAGCUCUUCAUCCAGCUCCUCAUCGUCAUCGUCAUCUUCUGAUUCGUUCGGCGAAGACGAGGGCGGAGCCACGGGUUACAGCAGUGAAGUUGAGUCACUUCCCAACAAAGGAGCUUCAGCCUGCUCUUCUGCGUUCUACGAUUGGUCCCCAGUGGACCUCAGAGAGCACGCCCUGCAUGACCACACCUACCACAGCUGGGCUCCGCCCCUUAAAGGCGGUAUAAAGCAGGAGAUGCUCAGCGAGGACGAAUACGAACCUGAGGAGAUGAGCAGGGACGGGAGGCGUCUGCAGGCUUUGGGUCUCCCGUACUCGGCUCCACAGAUCGUGAACAUGCCGGUGGAGGAAUUCCUGGAGCUUCUGGAGGGGCGUGGCCUGUCCACGGCGGAGAUCACUCUGCUGAGGGACGUCCGCAGGCGGGGGAAGAACAAGUUGGCUGCUCAGAACUGCAGAAAGCGAAAGCUGGACGCCAUCGUGGGCCUGCAGGAGGAGGUGGACGCUCUCGCGGCUCAGCGAGACACGCUCCUGCGCGAGAGGUCUCGCACCGCCAAGGCUCUUUCCGCCGCGGCCGAGGGUUUUGAAGCUCUGUCGCAGGACGUCUUGAGUCGGAUGCGAGACGAGUACGGGCAGCCCCUGAGCCCGCAGCACUACACCAUUCACUGUGGGGCAAACGGGCGCGUGGUGGUCCGCCCUCGCUCUCACACUCACACAGCGAGAACGACCACUACGGGGGGCAAGACUGUAAAGAGGAAGAAGGACAAAAAACAAUGAGAAGAGACUACUUAUUAUAUAUACUUUGAGUGUGUAAGUGUAAGAGUGUGUGUGUGAGUACAGUAUGUAUGUAAGUGUAUGUGUGUGUGUGUGCGCUUCCUGAAGGACUACUCAGACUUGGUCUACUGAACUUUCUUUCCUGCACUAUGGUGGGAUAUUUCAGUGGAAUCCUUCCUGCUGUUUCUGGUCUUUGGGGGAAUGACUUAAAAUUUAAAAAGACACUGUUUUUAUUUUUUUUUUAUCUUUUUUUUUUAUGUUGUUUUCCUUGUUUUGAAAUAUUGCAGCACCACAGACUACAGAUCUCUGCUGGGAAGAAUGUAGCACAAACACUGGACGUUUGAUAGGAGUGCCUAAGAAGAGAGUAUCUUUUUUUUCUUUUUAAAGGCAUUUCCCUUUAUUUUUGCUUUGGUUGCAAAAAGAAAUUUAAAAUAGGGGUGGGCAAUAUGACGAUAUUAUUGCAUCGUGAUGCUUUUUUUUUUUUAAAUACUGGGCAAAGAAAUAAGUGAAAAGAUCAAAUAAGUUAAGUUAUUCUGAACAAUGAUGUUUUGUUUGAAAAGCAAGAUGUAAAAUAAAUACAUUUAGGUUGUAUCAUAUAUACAGUGUUUAAAAAAAAAAAAAACAAGAGAAGAAAACUAAAGUGACAAAAUAAUUUUAAAAACCUGUAAAAAAAAAAAAAAAUAUAUAUAUAUAUAUAUAUAUAUACCAGAUUUGGUAUUCAGGCUUUGGUCAAAUUUUGUUUCAUUUCAUUUGAUUUUGGUUUGACAAUUGUUUAAAUUAAAUUUUGUCAUAUUGUUAGGCCUGUCAUAAGUUGCCAUGAUCAUAAUAAUAAUAGAAUAGCAUAACAAAGCAAUCAUACCCUUUUAAAGACAAAAUAAAGACACAGUUUUGUCACAAUUUUGAUCUUAGUUUUGGAAAAAAAUCAGACUUCAGUUUCUGAAUCAUUUUCUCUGAUUUUGCUAUUUAUAGGUUUAUGUUUGAGUAAAAUGAACAUUGUUGUUUUAUUCUAUAAACUACAGACAACAUUUCUCCCAAAUUCCAAAUAAAAAUAUUGUCAUUUAGAGCAUUUAUUUACAGAAAAUGAGAAAUGACUGAAAUAACAAAAAAGAUGCAGAGCUUUCAGACCUCAAAUAAUGCAAAGAAACGUUUUAAGAGUUCAGAAAUCAAUAUUUGGUGGAAUAACCCUGGUUUUAAUCAAUUUUCUUCUCCACCAGUCUUACACACUGCUUUUGGAUAACUUUAUGCCACUUCUGCUACAAAAAUUCAGAGGUUUUCUAUUUGGUAAAAUCAAAGAAACUCACCAUUUUAAGUGGGCUCUUUUUUGUUUCUUGAUGUUUCUAUUAUUAUAAUUGUGAUUUAAUACGCUGCAUUUAGAAAACCUAACAAGUCUUCUGCCACUCGCCAUGUCUAACUGGUGGAUUUAUUUCACUUAAUUUACACAGACCAUGAAACUGGUUAUUGUGGCCUGUGACUUUUGCAAUGUCCUAUAAAAGCUAAAGAGCGCUGCAUUGAAUUGUGGGUAAUGUGUGGGUGGGGUCUCCUGCAUUGAAUGCAGAUUUAUUUUCUGAGUUUCAUGCUAGAGUUGCCAGUCCCUGUUCACCAUCAUUACCUCGCACUGCACUGUCUACUGUGGGUGGUAAUAUUAACCUUCUAUAAAGUUAAAAACUCCAACUCCCAUAAUUCACCUGAACCCACUAUCAGCAUGCUGAUUAAGUGUUCAAUCAAUUUUACACACAAGAUAACACCUCACAACUUAUACUUAUAGGUGUGGUUGUUUCCAAAAAUCCCCUGAGGUAUUGCGUCAUUAUCAAAUGCACCAAUGAAAUAUAUGAAUAAAAUAUUUCUUAUUUGCAAAAAAAAAAAAAAAAAAAAAGGAUUUAAAACGCUGGUGCAGACGCUUCAGAAAACUGACCAAUCACACGUUAUGUUGCAGAGAGUAUUGUCAUCUGUUUGAUUUGAUAAAGUGCAACAAUUUAGCAUAAAAAAAUCACUGUGCUGAAUAUGAAGGAUGUAUUUGACCAGUACUUUUUGUUUUUAAGAAUCUACUUCCACUGAUUUAUUUUUGUUUUGCAUUGCAGUUUUUGUAUGUCCAUCACAAUAUACAGCACAUUGUGCAUCAUGAACAUGUCUUUAAAUAUCAUAAUCUAAUAUUUUUGUCAUAUUGCCCACUCCUAAAUAAAAGUAGAUUUAUUUGCAACUGUUUUAAAAAUGGGAGGCAGGCGGUCACUGGAUGACUUUGCCUAAAAAAAAAUAAAAAAAGCAAUUUACCGAAGCAGGACUUUACUGUAAACUGUUUGUGUAAAUUUAAUUUAACUUAAUUUGAUGUGAUUUAAAAGCGAAGACCCCGUUUAUACCUUGUCACUUCAUGCAGCUUGAGAGACCGGGAUGGAUGCACCAAUUAUUUGGUCGAAAAUCUUACCGCACAAAAACUUACGAAAACCCUUCUUCAGUGUUUAAGAGUGUUAAAUAAAAAAGAAUUAAAAGCAGCCACCAGCUGUGGCGUUUAUUAAACUAAACAGAAAAAUUACAUACAGGAUUGUGCAAUCGAUCCAAGACUGUUCUGGUGUGUGAAAACAAACCAGAGAUAAUUAGCCCCUCCCCCAACAAACCCAGAAUCGUUCCUGGGUGUAGACUCAUUAUUAUUAUUAUUAUUAUUAUUAUUAUUAUUAUUAUUAUUAUUAUUAUUAGGACAAGUGUUAAAAUGCCCAAAAACCUUUCAAAUGUUUCGUUUUUUCUUUGCAUUGGACUUUUAGACAACCGUUGUAAAUGUUUGUGCAUGUACUAGUGCAUCUCAAAAAAUGUGAAAAGUUACAUUAUUUCAGUAAUUCAGUUAUAUUAUAUAGAUGUAUUACAGACACAGUGAUCUAUUUUAAGCUUUUAUUUCUUUUAUUGUUGAUGAUUAUGAAGCUUACAGCCAAUGAAAACCCAAAAAUCAGUAUCUUAGAAAAUUAUAUAAGACCAGUUGGUACCUUUGGCAGUGUGGGCAGUGUGCCAAGUCCUGCUGGAAAAUGAAAUCUGCAUCUUUAGAAAAGUUGUCAGAAAACCAUCACUGAUUGGUGGAAACUUCACAUUAGACCUUUAGCAGUUUGGACUGUGUGUCUCUUCACUCUUCCUCCAGACUCUGAUCCCUUGAUUUUACAAAUGAAAUGUAAAGUUUGCUGAUGAUCAGUGAUUGAUUUCAUUUUCCAGCAGGACAAGCUCUUAUGGAAAACUCUGCACUGACUUUGGACUUGAUAUAACACAGUGGAUCAACACCAGCAGAUGACAUGGCUCUCCCUCUGCUCAACUUUUAUAGAGAGAUGCAGGUUUUAUUUUCCAGCAGGAUUUGGCACACUGCCCACACUUCCAAAAGUACCAAUUGGUCUUAAAUAAUAUUCUAAUUUUCUGAGACACUGAUUUUUGGGUUUUUAUUGGCUGUAAGCUUCAUAAUCAUCAACAAUAAAAUAAAUAAACACUUAAAAUAGAUCACCCUGUGUUUAAUACAUCUAUAUAAUGUAUGAGUUUCACAUUUUCAACUGAAUUACUGAAAUAAAGUAACUUUUCAGUAAAACUAAUUUUUUUGAGAUGCACUAGUAUAUCAUCAGGAUUAUAUCUGGGUAAAGCAAAGCCAUGUAAAAUGCUAGAAUGCUAGAAACGGUGUGCAUCAUGCUAAUUUUUUGCAGCUAAAUUGUAUUCAGAUUUCAUUCAGAACUCAUUGAUCUGACUAACCCGAGACACAUUUGACUGCCGCUGUUAAAAUGCAUGUAGCUUAAACUGUAUAAAGAUGCAAUCCAGAUACUAGCUACAGGAGGUAAGAAGGUGUAAACUGGGUCAAAAUGAAUUAUUUCACAGUUUCUGAUUUAAUUAAACUAAUUACAAGCUUCCCACAAGCAAACCCAUGCCACUGCGGUGUUGCAGCUGAUUGUUGAUUUGUGAAUGAUGCAGUCGUCUUCUACCUGUGUGGUGGUUCCUGUCUGAGGCUGCUGGUAAUGUGCUUUACACAGAGUGGUGUAAUUACUACAGUGAUUGAGACUAAGCCCUGGAUCCAGCUCUUUGUUAUGCAAUUCUUUUGUACUUUAGGUCUUUACAGCCGUUAAUGACUGUUACUGUUUGGCCUUACUGCUUUGAUAAUUCCACUUUGUGUACUAUUGCAUAUGAUUUUCCAUCACAAGGACAGUUUUGGGUUCUGAUUUGGCUUUUUAUUGUUUUUUGUUUGUUUUAUAAUUGUGUUUUUAAUGUUCUAUGAUUUGAGUUUGAUUUGAAAAUUCCCUUUAGUUAAAAAAAAAAAACUUCAGAACCUUUAGAAACAUGCCUGAACCCUGACAAGCACAAGAUAAGAUAAGAGACGAGACGUUUGCUUGAAAGAGCUUAAAGAGUGGUGAUCUGUUCUACCUCAUACCGUAACCAUUAGAUCCCCAAAGUUAAAAAAAUGAAUGAAAUAUGGUGAGAAUUACCCCCAAUCCCCAACAAACACACCCUUUAAUCCUUAAACUGUUCCUUAAAUAAUUCCUCUGAAAUUGCGGUGUUCUGAUUUGUGCAAGGAUUCCUAUUUUCCGAUUAAUAAAGGAAGAUAAAUUAAUAACUUUA